CUUAUGUGCCAUUAGAGCGCAUGUGUUGUGUAAGUGUUUGUCAAUUGAAUAGAUUGUCAAUAAAACAACUCUUGGUUUGUCUUCACUUACCAUUGAAUUGAGGACUAAAUUGGAGACAAUUAUUGACACAAAUCAUCGCAACAUUGGUCCCAAUAGGACACACAUGAAUGGCUUCGCAUACUUUUAUGCGGAUUAAGAAAGAUCUGAGUUCACUGAUAGUGACGGACCCACUGCCGGGCAUUAUAGCGGUUCCGCACGAGUCGGACAUCAGCCAAAUCGAUGCCCUCAUAACGGGUCCCUUUGAUACCCCCUAUUGCGGCGGAUUCUUCUUGUUUCGGAUCAACUGUCCGCAGGAUUACCCCAUUUGCCCUCCCAAAGUGAAACUGUUGACCACAUGCAACGAUACGGUCAGAUUCAACCCUAACCUCUACAAGAAUGGCAAAGUAUGUCUCAGUAUUCUGGGGUCA